AGUAGCGCGUCGAGGUAUCGCGGUCGGGUUUUAUCAUGUUGUGCCAGUGAACGUAAUUCAUCACGAUGCACGCGUUGUUCGGUGAACAGAGCCAUUAUGCGUACCGCAGUGGAGCCACGGGAGGCUAUUCCGCUGGAGUGACACCAUAUGCCUAUGAACAGUAUCGAUAUGGCUAUGGGCCACCCUAUCUCCAUCCUCACCAACAACAUGUCGGAACUCCUAAAGAUAUGGUCAAGCCGCCAUAUUCUUACAUUGCCCUUAUUGCUAUGGCGAUACAAAAUGCACCUGAUCGCCGAAUUACGCUUAAUGGUAUUUAUCAAUUUAUAAUGGAACGUUUUCCAUACUACAGAGAAAACAAACAAGGGUGGCAAAACUCAAUAAGACACAACUUAAGUCUCAAUGAAUGCUUUGUUAAAGUGGCAAGAGACGAUAAGAAACCAGGCAAAGGGAGCUACUGGACUUUGGAUCCUGAUUCAUAUAAUAUGUUCGACAACGGUUCUUACCUAAGACGGCGGCGUCGCUUUAAGAAAAAAGAUGCUCUGAAAGAAAAAGAGGAAGCUCUAAAGCGCCAGCAACAACUGCAACAAGCGCAGGAAGCCCUGGCUGCACAGGAGGCGCUAAGCAGCGCGGACGCGUUGGGACAAGCACGCGAUGUCAAACCAGAUGUAAAGCCUCGUAUAUUUGAAUGUAGACCAAAAAGAGAACCAGGCUCAGAUUGCUCGAGGUAUGAUAAACUAGUAGAGCCUAUGGACGAGUUCAGUGAGCCCCGUUUACCCCCAUCAGCAGUUUACUGCUCGCCCCAGCCGUAUUCACUUGCCGCUGAGGAGUUUCGAGCAGCUACAACUGGCUGGUAUGCUGCACCUGAACCACCAGCUGAGCAACUGCCACCAUCUUUUCGUGAUCUUUUUGAGCCACCAAGUUGUCAGUUGGCAGGAUUCCGAGGAGGCUCACCUGUUCCCGAUGCCUACCGCGCUUCCCCACCGCCUCAUCAUCACUACCGUACGCCGGCACCCUCUUACUAUCACCACCAAGCAUGUGUCGCCAGUGCACCCGCAUCAGCUCAUAAAUCCUACUGAGAUAUCGCCCUCAGGAGGCCGGCAUCACACGGCGCCGAACGGAUUUAGCCGUACGCGUCAGUUCCAGAGCGGAUAAAUAUAGCGCUGUAGCCGGAGAUGCCGUGAAGCCAAGUGGCGUCGCGUCGAUAACCACUGUUUACAGAUCGGCGGCCGACCCUGCCGCCUCCCGCUCCGUUCACACCUAUAGGUAGAACGGUUUGAAGACAGCGGGAGGCGAAGAGCAGGGAAGUGCUUGAUGUAAUAAUGCCUAUUGACGAUAGGUAAUAAGUGAACACUAGUGAAUUUCGAACACUAGUACGUAUUAUAAAAUUUAGCCCUACCGUUUGUUUCAAUAUUAUCACUAGAUAUACACACACUUAGAAAACUUAAUAUACUUAAUAUUAGGUAUUAAUGAAUCGAUAGUGCUAUCAUAGAACCUUAUUAACUACGUACUGUAAUAUUUUUUAUUACACACAAUAUUUAAAUAUCGUAAUGUAAUUUUGUUAUAAAUAUAAUUAUAAAGUUCAAUGACAGCUCUGCCAUUACCCAUCGAGUUAGUAUUGAUAACGAUAUUCUCAUCGUGUAUCUUAUCCAUUUGAGUGAAAGACUACAUGAAAUUAAUUUUAAAAUAUUCAUUAUCUUCAAUGUACAUACGACUAAAUAUUGUUAAAUACAAUUAAGUUAGCGAUAUAGAACCUUAUAGAUGUAAUUAAGAACUAUCUUUUUCUAGUCUUUAUGUUGGUAGUUAGUGGUUAAUUACAUUUUAAGGUAAGAAUAAUUACACGCUGAUUACGAUCUUCUUAAAGAAAUUAUUUUUAGUUUAACGUAAGAUCUUGAAUACUUGUAAUGUUUUUUUUAACGAAUUUUACUGCGACCUUCGAGGUGUAUCAACACAUGAAAAAUGAAAGAAAUUGUUUUAUAUACCGAAUACAAACACAUACUAACUUAUAUUAUGAUAAACGAGAUUACUCUAUACUCUAAUUUAA